CAAGCUAACGUCUCUUACUUUGCAAAUUGAAUUAAUACGGCAUAGUGCAGACUAUCAAAACGCUAGCUAAUACUUCACCAGUAGCAAACGGGAAUGGGGAUGAAACUCUUUGACGACGACGAGAACGAGAACAUCGACGUCUCGAAGAUAGAAAUCGACGAUAAAUUCGCACGCCGAUAUGAGCACAACAAAAAGCGCGAGGAUUUACAAAGAUACGAAGAGCUAAAAAAGAAAGGCCAAAUUGAAGAUUCGGAAUCAGAUUCAGAAUCAUCAGAAUCGGAGGAAGAUGACGCUGAAAUCAAGAAAUUAAGCAAAAAGAAAAGUUUCAAGGAGUUCUUCAAUAAUUUAAUCAAGGUAAAAGAACGUGACCCUUCAAUUUACAAAAAGGAUGUUAAAUUAUUUGAAUCCGAUAGCGAUACUGAUACUAAUGAUGAUGAUAGCAAAGGAGAAAAUGAAAUGAGGGAUGGGAAAAAGAAAAAAGCUGUGUACUUGAAAGAUGUAAGGGCUCAGCAAUUGAUAGAGGAAGGGCCUGAAUUUGAAGAAGGGGAAUCGAGUAGUGCGAAGAGAAAGACUUAUACUGAAGAACAAGAGGAGCUAAAAAGAGCAUUUUUAGAGGCAGUUAAAGAUGCUGCUGAUGUUGAUGGUGAUCUUUUGAGAGUUAAAGAGAAGGAUUUAAAGGAGGAAGAUGAUGGAAAUGAUGUUGAUUUUGAGGAGAAGUUGCAGAAGUAUUUUGGUGCAGAGGAGGAAUUAGAUGAGAAUAAUAAGUUUUUGAAGGAGUUUAUUGAGAAACAAAUGUGGGUUGAUAGGGAUAAUAAGGAUAGAAGUGGUGUUGCAGAUGAUGAAGUUGAUGACUUGUUCAGAGAUGAUGAGGAGAUCGAGAGACAGGAGAAGUAUGAGGAGACUUAUAAUUUUAGGCAUGAAGAGAGUGUAGGAGAUAGGGUUAUGGGUCAUUCUAGGAUAGUGGAAGGAUCGGUUAGGAAAAAGGAGAAUGCUAGGAAAGAGCAGAGGAAGAGUAAGAAGGAGAGGAUGGAGAUUGCUGAGAUGGAGAGAAAGGCAGAGUUGAAGCAUUUGAAGAAUUUGAAAAAGAAGGAAAUGAAUGAAAAGUUGAGCAAGGUUAUGCAGGCUGCUGGUGUCACGGAUGAUAAUGAUUUUGCUUUGGAUUUGGAUGAUUUAAAGAAGGAUUUUGAUCCAGAAGAGUAUGAUAAGAUGAUGAAAAAGGCUUUUAAUGAAGACUAUUAUAAUGCAGAUGAUUUAGAUCCGGAAUUUGGUAGUGAAAAUGAUGAUGAUGGGGUUGAUAUUAAGAAACCAGAUUUUGAUAAGGAGGAUGAGUUACUUGGUCUUCCUAAAGGGUGGGAUGCAGUUGACAAUGAGGGGUUUUUAGCUCUAAGAGAACGCAUUUUGGAACAAAAGGCUGAGAAUGGUAAUGGUGAUGAUGAAAAAGGAGAGGAAAAUGAGGAGACGAAUAGGGAAAGUAAGCGGAAAAGGAAGCGUAAGAUGUCUCUUGUGCAGAAAGUGAAAGAAGAAUGGCUGGAGGAGUACUAUAAAUUGGAUUACGAGGGUACAGUUGGAGACUUGAAAACGAGGUUUAAGUAUGCUAAAGUGCAACCUGAACGUUAUGGAUUAAAGACAGAAGAAAUAUUGAUGUUGGAUGACCAGGAGUUGAAUCAAUAUGUGUCUGUUAAAAAGCUUGCACCUUAUAGGGACAGUGAGUGGAAGGUACAUAAAAACAGGAAAGACCAACUUAAGGAGAAGAUUAAGGAGCUUCGUCGGGGAGGACUGAAUCACCAGAAGAACAGUAAGAAGAAUAAGUUGAAGGAUGAUAGUGAUAAAUCAACUUUAGUUGUGGAUUCUCAUAAGGACGGGAAAGAAGAGUUAGAGGGACAAAAUGUCCAAAUGGAAAAUCUAUCCAGGAAAGCCAAGAGGAAGCGUCGCCAAGCAGAAUUGAAGCUUACACUAUCUCGAACUUUAGCAUACCAAAAUGCACAAUCCAAGGCUAAGGGAAAAGGCAAGCACUGAGUAAUCAGAUAUUAAGGCGGAUGUGGGUUGGAGGUAAGUUAAAAAAAGGGAACCAAUUAUUGGUUCUGUUGUAAUUUUACAAUCUUUCCAAUACUGAGUUCCCUUGUAAUUUUUCUUUUUUAAGGCAAAGACUAGUUAUUUUUAUAGACGCAUUUGAUUUUAGGAAACUGUGAAUGAAAGAAUUCUUGUUUGGUGUUUUCUUAAGAUCCAUUCUUAAUGAUAUAUGAACUUUAGCUUGUAUGAA